GAGCGCGCGCUGCACACAGGGCGCGCGGCACCGCACGGACACCAACAUCCAGCCAUCCAUAACACGUACAGACUCACUCAUACUGUAGGAUUCUGUCCUAUGCAAAGUGGACAUGGAGUUCAAGUAGGUGCACCGCUCUGGAAUGAUCGCGGCAACUUUGGCUUUGGAUUUCUGAAUUUUAUUCGCACAAACAGACGCAGGAGAGAAAAUGUGGAGAUACACGAACCUGCUGGCUUGUCUGCUGGUUUUGUGUAAGAACGCGUCCUCACAGAGCAAGAUUUUUGGGGAGACAGAGCCUGUUCGGAUGACGUCAGAAGGUUCAGAUUGCCGCUGUAAGUGCAUCAUGCGCCCUCUAAGCAAGGAUGCAUGUCUGCGGUUGAAGAGCGGCAGUGUACGUGUGGAGGACUUCUAUACGGUGGAGACAGUCAGCUCUGGAUCUGACUGUAAGUGCUCAUGCACAGCCCCACCAUCUUCCCUCAACCCCUGUGAGAAUGAGUGGAAGAUGGAGAAGCUGAAGAAACAGGCCCCUGAGUUAUUAAAGCUUCAAUCCAUGGUGGACCUCCUCGAGGGAACCCUUUACAGCAUGGAUCUUUUGAAAGUCCAUUCCUACAUCAAUAAAGUGGUGUCUCAGAUGAACACCCUAGAAGAGACAAUCAAGACAAAUCUUACACGUGAGAAUGAAUUUGUCCGGGACAGCAUGAUGAGCCUCACCAACCAGUUUAAGAGAUAUGAGAACUACUCUAACAUUAUGAUGAGCAUCAAGAAGGAGAUCUCCAGCCUCAGCCUGCAGCUGCUGCAGAAAGACUCAACUGAGAGCAAAGCACAGGCUUCAAAUGUUGACAAAACUAAGGAGGCUGUAAAAAUACCCAACAAAAAGAACCCUCCUGCCAAACCCCCUCCCAAACCUCCCAAAGAAAAGGUCGUCAAGCCCAAGAAAGAGGUCAUUAAGCAUGGGAAACUGCUUAAGCCUGACCCUACAGCCAAAGCCAAGGUGGUUGGCCACCAGCCCGGAGUGGUGAGGGGCAUCACAUACUACAAGGCUUCCAAAACCGACGAGGAUGAGCACAGAGGAGACCAUUCUGCCAAAACAUACACAGUUCAUCACGUCACAGAAAACCAGUCUGAGGUUCUUGAAACUGUGGAGGCCACUGUGCCUGAACCCACUGAUACCACAGCAACUCCAGCUACUACAACUUCAACUACAGCCUCCAGCACUACUGCUAGUGGCACAACUUCCACCACUUCUGUACCCACUACUGUCUCCACCCAAAGUGCACCAGCAUCUGAGAGACCAGCUCCGACUAUUGUGCUAAUGCUUGACAACUCCAACAACAACAGCCGUCCCACUCUCCACAGAGCAGGAAAGAUCCUCAACUGUGAAGGGACUUUAGCAUCAAUUGAGCUGCCAGAGAAGCAGCACAGUUAUGGGCGCAAUGAGGGUGCCUGGAUGAAGGAUCCCCUGGCUAAGGAUUCCAAGAUCUAUGUCACUAACUAUUACUAUGGCAACAACCUUGUGGAGUUUCGCAACCUGGACAACUUCAAACAAGGACGCUGGAGCAACCUUUUCAAACUGCCUUACAACUGGAUAGGCACGGGUCAUGUGGUUUACAAUGGAGCUUUCUACUACAACAGGGCCUUCACCAAAAACAUCAUCAAAUAUGAUCUGAGGAUGCGCUACGUGGCUGCAUGGACACUGCUGCAUGAUGUUGUUUAUGAGGACACCACUCCCUGGAAGUGGAGGGGCCACUCUGACAUUGACUUUGCAGUGGAUGAAAGUGGAUUGUGGGUGAUCUAUCCUUCUGUGGACUACGACUACAAUGACCAAGAGUUGAUUGUCAUCAGUAAACUCGAUCCAGGAGACCUGUCCUUGAAAAAGGAAACAACCUACACAACAGGCCUCAAGAGGAACUCUUACGGAAACUGUUUCAUCAUCUGUGGUGUUUUGUAUGCUGUCAAUGUGUACAACCAGAAAGAAGGUGAGGUGAGCUAUGCUUACGACACCCAUACCAACACCGAAGCCAUCCCACGUCUGCCCUUUACCAACGAGUACUCCUUCACCACCCAGAUUGACUACAACCCAAAGGAAAAACUUUUGUACGCCUGGGACAAUGGCCAUCAGGUCACAUAUCGGGUAAACUUUGUUGACGAGUGAGCAUAAUUAGUUUGUGCUGCAGAUUUGCUAGCAGUAGACCUGCCUGUGUGAUACCUAAAUGGAAAGAAGGUUCUUACUAUUUGACAGCCUAGAAGCAGCCAUAUUGGACUCAACAGGACAAAGGAUGAACCUACACCAGCCUUCCAGUACAAUACAUGCCAUUCAAACACCAGACCUCAAAGUGUAUCAAGCACAUUUGCCUCAAACAUGUAUUGGGAUAUGACUGUACGGUAUGUUAAUAGUAUGGACAGGGAACAGUGGAAAUAAUCUCACUGGUUCAGUUAAAGUUGACAAUUAGCACAGAGAUUUCUUUAUGUUCACUUAUCAAAUGUCAGCAGGCUGGCAGGCUUUACUACUAGAAGACAGAUCGGUAUGAAGGGUAAGUUGAAAAUAGACAUGGCUUUUGCUAUGUCAAGUUUUUUCCAUGUCUACAUUGUUUGUGAAAAGCCACAUUGAAGCUCACAAUUUAAAUUCAUCACUGCAUGUCAUUUUAGCAGUUUCUAACAUUGAGCAAGCAUGUACCAAAUAGAAGCUGUAAUAUCUCUUCAAAGCUUCAAAUAAGCCUACACACACAUGCAUAUAUAUUUUCCCCACUCCUCCAGCAGGUGAUCCUUUUCUUCUUCUUCUUUUUUGUUUGUCCUUCAACCUCAGGUCCUCCUCUACAGAGAACUUGAAGCUUGAGAGGCCUGCGCUUUAGCUUAACUGUACAUAUAUGUAUAUGAAGCAGUUGUGUGCUCAUAAAAGCAGGCAUAGCAUUUGGCAUUAUAGAACAAUGGUCAAUUACAUAAAUACAGUGCUUCUCAAAAAAGUGAAAGUAUUGGCCUGAUAGCAAUCAAGAUUAUUUUGACAACUGUAUGCUUGUAACUGGCUUGUCAUAGCAUGUUGUAGAAGCAAAAUAGAAACUUUUGGCAACACUUCACAGAGAAGAGGACAAAGUCUGAAGUGGAAAGCUCCAGCAACACUUGUAGUACAAAGAAUAAAAUUGUUUGGCCUUCAUCAGGGCCAGUAGAAAAGUCCAAACUUAUCAGUCAAGCAGUAAAGUUGCUUUGGAACUUUGCAAUGACAUAUUCACUGCUACCUGCAAUUUAGCUUUUAGUUUGCUGUCUACAGUGAUUCACCAGUUAGACAAGCAGGUAAUGACUAUGUUACGAACCUUCUAGCACUAUUCAUUUUACACAGAUAUGUUAAUGAACUUUGCUCGUUAGGGUUUUUUGAACGAUCAGCCUCUGCUACUAACAUAUCACAGCUAGUUUUAGCUACUAUCAUCAUCAUCAAGAUUCCCAGUCAUAGGUACUGCCACUUUUAUUUAAGGCUUAUUAGGCUCCACACCUUUGGCAUUUAACUCAGCCAAUGAGAUUAUUUCUGCCUCUAGACUUCUGCUUCUGGGAAAUAUUUGCAAAACAUAGUUAUUUUUUUCACUUGCCCAUCUUAUCCAUCCUGAGACCAAGCACUUUGAUCGUGACUCUGCUUUGAUUGUUAAUCUGGCUUCAUGGUGUUUCCUGUCUCUUUACCGUUAAUGUUGUUUUGAGGGAGUGUGUCAAACUUAAUAUGAACUAUAAAACAAAUAAUGUCCACCAAGUUUUUUGUAUAUAUUUUCAUGAAUUUUUUUGAUAAUAGCAUUCAACUUUUUUUUCCAUGCAGCUGGUUACAUUUCUGUGUAAAAAAAAAAAAAAAAAAAAAAAAGUAUAUGAAGCUUUACUCAUUUUUAGUGAUAUUUUCAUUUACUCACUGAAAUUACUGAGUAUUUUUCAUCACAGUGGAAAGGAGCAAGUGUGAUCAGUCAUGCAGCUGCAAAAGGUGCACUGCACCAUUAGCCGUGCCAUCUUCAUUAAAACCAUGAAUGUUUUUUUUUAUUUGUUUUGACAACAUAUAUUGAGGAUUAUAAGCUUUAAAACACAUGAGGUAACUCUUUAUAGAAGUUUAUAGUGUUGUUUUGGUCUUGUACACCAUUCAUGUUUGCCUCAUCUUGGAGGUCUUUAAGUUUAUUCCUAACGGUAAUAUAAUUUGCAGUAAUUAGUUCAAAUCUUUACACAGAUAUGUAAUGCAACAUAAGCAUAGCACUUGCUGACUGAGUGUGUGUCUUUGCCAUGAAAUAAAGUUUCCAUUAUAACA